ACACAUGCUCGUUUUGUCUGAGUUUAUCUCUUUUAGAUAAUGAUCACCUGUAGUACAAAUCUGAAACACAAUCUUAAGGAAGAUAACGGGAUUUUCUGUUAUUUUGGAAGAGUUUUGGGGGGAUUUCGCUUUGAACUGUAAUCGCCCCGACUAUCAGUGCAUUUAAAAAUACAGUUACGGGGGGACGUACCGAGGCUGGAGGUCCGUGUACGUCUGUGCAGUACGCGGAUGAGGCCGGUGGUCGCCAUCUUUACUCCAUCCCAGCACUGUGCUGCCGGUGGGGCGGAACACCACUCAUCGACCCGGUUGAUUUCUAGGAACUGACAUCAGCCGCCGUGUCCAUUCUGAGGAGCUGUCACUUUCCUAUUUAUCUACAUCUCGUUACACCAUGGGAGAGCGAGAAGACCUAGUGUAUCAGGCCAAACUUGCCGAGCAGGCAGAGCGGUAUGACGGUAAGACUCUCAGGCUCGGCUCGGUGUGGGACAUGUUCGCCGCAGGGACUUCUUUUAGCUACCUCAAUUAGCCGAGCGACGCUAACAUGACCGUUUAUGUGGCUGCGGCCUCCGCGAACUGUUCUCUGACAUGACAAACGGCUAGUUAGAACAAUAAUAUAAUAAUAAACUAUAACAAUCUGAAAUAUAAGCAGGUGUGCUCUCAUUUUGUGUCAUUUGUGCGACUGUGAUUUUGUUGGAACGCUAGUGAAGUGGGCUAGCGUUACAACAAAAUGGCGGAUUACUGGAGCGUACGACUGCGCGCCGACUGAAAGCGAACUAACGCGGUGAAAAUUCUCCUCCAUACAUUGUGUGUUGCAAGCGGCCGUUUCGCCGCUGAAGCGUGCCGGGAUGCCUUGCGACGCAGAACAGACUGGCGGUGCCACUUUUCAACAGCUUUUCCCCGAAUAAUAACAGAAUAACCGAUAUAAAGAUACUCGGGCUAUGCUGGUCGUAAACACAUUUAUGUAUAGUUGAUUUGUUUGAGGAGACUCCCCAGUUUACCCCUUGAGUGACGAGCCAAGCAGGGCGAACGCGAGUUCAGGCGAAUGGUUCGCUUGCGGUGGGUGAUGAAACUUUUCAAUCCAAACAGCUUACAUUAUAGGUGUUUUAAUAAAACGAUUUCUGUAAAUCUUCGAGGGAACAAUGCUGACGGCGGAGAAGCACCCUUAUUGCCGGGUCCUUCUUGGUAGGUAUCUCAACAUGCUCUAAGCAGCGAAUCGGCCGCCUGCUAUCCACAAUGAACGGGAGCUAAUUUAUUGCCGCGUCAGUUCGCUUUCAGGGAGCACGCACCAUGAGCUGUCAGGAGUUGCCUCACUUGCACCAUGCUAGUCUUGUAGCCCAAUACACGACUUAAUUACAAGAUUAGCACAUAAAAGUAACACUUAUUGUCAUCUUUCUUGUAUCUGUAUUAACACGUCAAGUGUGCGCACAAUUCUAUCUGUUGCUCGAGCCGGUUAAGUAGUAAGGUUAUCUUAAUAGUUGAAGUUUGAUGUGUGUUAGCAUUGGGUGGGAGUGGGAGGACAGCUGUUCGCAUGGUGGGGUGUUCCCCCUGCAAGCAAGGCUGAACAGAUCGAUUUGCGAAAAUGACUCCUCGUCCCCUCUGCUCUGUGGUACAACCCUGACAGACUUUCAUACCAUUACAGGCCUUGUAACGGGGGCUGUUUUUAGACGGCUGCCUUUGCCACCGGUCAUACGUUGCCCAGUAACGUUAAAUGAAUGUGCCAUGACUCAUUCACGGGAUUGGGGACUGUGUGUAUUUACAGAGUGAUUUGUGCUCACUGGCUGAAAGGUAAACUCGCAGGAUUGUAGAGGGAUUAAGGUCGUUAUUCAUUCAUUCAUAGUCCGAUUAUUUGCUCACAUCAGUGCUUGAAAACAUAACAUAUAUGAUAAUCGUGUUACUUAAAACAGACUGUCCACGAAAAAGCAGGAAGAGGAAACACUUAAAACACCUGCCCCAAGAUUAGGAACAUCAUAAAUGACCAUUGAUACAAAAUCAGACUACCUAUUUCUAUUCUCAGACAAUGUCAAAAAUAAACAAUACAUCUCAAAACUAUCAAAGAUUUACUCAGUCAGUUCAUAAAUAAUUUCCCAGGACCUUUUUCUAUGUUCUCUAACAUGAACUAUCUGCAUGUUAAGGAUGUUUUGUAGGUUGUCAAAUUUUAGCAUGAGGGUAAAUGUAGCACAGCCUCCGUGUCUCUCGAUCACCACAUUAGGAUAGUUGUGAAAAUGGUGGAAAAUGUUCCCAUCCUCUGGGCAUCACCUGUUUGUCAUGCUGUGGGGGAUUCUUUGCCAUCCUUGCAGAUGUUUUAUUUCAAGGUCAAUCAUGAAUAUUCAUGUGAUCUUUCCUUAAGAUGUUUCUGAAACGCAAAUGUUCCAAAAGCAGCCUCGGCUUUGCCAAAAUCAUUUUCUGUGACGCCUGUCUCUGGAUUCUCCAUUAGUCUGCCUGUUCACAUUAAAGGUAUAGUCGUUUUGCUCCAAAGAAAAUACGUCUGAUAAAGAACAGAGGCAUGCUGAUAUUUCACGUUAAAGUCACAGUUGCUGUUUAUUUCCUCUCCAGAGUGUUUUGAGUGUGAAAGUUCAAAGUUUGAUUGCAUCAGCAUCUGUAAAAAUUUGAAACAUGAGAGAAAAAAAGCUGAUUUCUGUCUUAUCACUGUAUCUGCAGCUCCGGCAGGUUUACUCAUCAUUUAAAAACAGGCAUCAUACUGUGACCCUGAAGUAGAUCGUAGAUACUCUGCAUUCGGAUCUGUAGGUUGUCUGAGAGACAGUAGAUGAAAAGCCUCUCAAACUCAAGAGGAUGUGGUGAGGAGGAGCAGAGCCACAGCACUCUGCCCUUAUGAGUAUAUACCUCAUCUCUCCACCCCUCAUGUCAGAAUACACUGAGCUGUAAACCCCAGUCUCAGGGUGGAGUUCGAUCUUAUGCUCAUGAAUUGGUCGUCUUCGGCAGAGCUGAAAUCAGCAGGUGCUGCUGAGCUCCAACCUCUCUCCUCUCCUCACCAUACUGAGCUCUGUUGUUUCAGAGGGAGUUUUGAAAGGAUCCUCUCAGGGAUGAGAUUUGCUCCUGGUGGUAUGAAAUCUCUGCUUGCCCCAGGAGCCAGUCUCACAAAGACAGACUUUUGACUAUAUCUUCGCUCAAAGGCUCCUAAACUCUUCACACUAUGUGGCAAACCAAAUUUCCCACAUACCGUCUCCCACUGCUGACACUGACUGUCGAAGUGAAAGAGCCUUUAAGCCUCUGAUAUGAAUAAUAGUUAAGGAUUUAAUUUCAGUGACACAAAUGAUAUUUUUUCCCCCUCUAAAUCAGUAAAUCCAAAUUUUCUGGCUGUAGAAGAUGGCCCACUCCCUGGUUUAUGACAUGCAUGCAGGUGACUCCUCUAGAUCAGUGGUUCUCAAGUCCAGUCCUCGAGGCCCACUGUCCUGUAUGUUUGGAUGUUUCCCUGCUCCAACACACCUGAUUCAAAUGAUUAGCUCGUUAUUAAGCCAUUACAGAGCUUGAUAACGAGCUGAUCAUUUGAAUCAGGUGUGACGGAGCAGGGAAACAUCCAAAACAUGCAGGACAAUGGGCUUCGAGGACUGGACUUGAGAACCACUGCUCUACAUAUCUCAAACAUCACUUGUUUGUGUUGGAUGCCAUUAACACAGGCAGGGAUUUUAAAUAGUUUUACCACGGAUGAUUGAUUAGUUCUCAUUGGUAUAUAAAAUAUAGUAUGUUUUGGGGGGCUCUCAGAGGGGAAAGGGUUUGGACUAUGCUCCAUUGGGCCCUCCACAAAUUGCAGUUUUCAGCACUUCCACAUCGGUUUGAUUUCUCAAGACUGGAGGUUGCAGCUUGGGCAGCAAGCAGAGAGCAAAAAAUGAUGGUCGGACAUGAGGCGAUUGCCCUCCAUUCUGUCUGCUGAGAAGACCUGCACUUUCUCUUAGAAGAACUAUUGUUUGAUUCGGUCUCAGGUCCAUUAAAGUGCUGUAGUCUGCUUCUUUGAGUGUGAUCUUUUGGGUAAAAUAUGUCAAUGCAAUAAAAAAACCCUCUCUGUAUUUUAUACUGGUCUGACUAUUAUACAGGAUAUAGCUUACUUUGGAUAAUUAAAAAGGUGCUGAACAUGCGUCUCAUAGCUCCACAUUUUCAGAGUUAUAAAAUUGACAGGAUAUUUUUGUUUAUGUCAAGGACUUAUGUUGCAAUUGUUGUCAGUAAAUGUCUGAUAUUUGAGUUUUUUUAGUUUCAUAUUAAAUCUCUCACAGCACAUGACUUUCUGUGUCAAUAAACCCAACACAAUUCAAUGAGAUUACCAGCUCAUGUUCUCAGGUAUAAUAUUGGAAACACUGGCCAGAGACAUUUUCAGUACUAAAUGUUUGUCCAAUGUUGCUCCCCCAACAGAGAUGGUGUUGUCGAUGAAGAACGUGGCCAGCAUGGACGUGGAGCUCACAGUGGAGGAGAGAAACCUACUAUCAGUGGCCUACAAGAACGUGAUCGGAGCUCGGAGAGCCUCCUGGAGGAUAAUCAGCAGUAUCGAACAGAGGGAAGAGAGCAAGGGCGGAGAAGAGAAACUGAAGAUGAUCCGGGAAUACAGGCAAACAGUAAGCUCUCACUGAAAGCUCAGGAUGUGACUUAGCUUUAGUUUUUGUUUUUUCAGAGCACUCUCAAAGAUUCAUCAUAUCCCAUUGUCCCUGUAUGAGCCGUGUUUCAAGGCUUUUGCUGUACCAAUCUAAGAAUACUAGCUUUUAUUAAUAAUACACACUGUGAGCAACUACUGAGCAGACUGCAUGUGAGUCAUACUUGGCAGGUCCUCCUCUGUCUCCCGCUUUUAUGAAGGAAAUUAAGAGCUGGUUAUUUAUCUGGGAGAGGCCAGAGUGUGUCAGGGAGCUGGGAGGAGCAGUUGGACUGCAGUCAAUGAUCUAAUGGGAUUCAGAGAUUGGUAAUCCUGCGUUUGCAUCGUCAUUUAGUUCAUCCCUAAAUCCCUUUGGGGACACCUUUCUUUUAUCACCAUACCAGCACUCCUUAAGACUUCAGUUGAAUCUGAAUUCAAUCAGCAAAUUAAAUAUUGGUGCUACUAUCAUUGGCUUUAAAGGGCAGAUGUCCAAAAAUGGACAAAGACGUCCACAGCCAUGAUGAAGCAUCUGAGCUGAGAGAGAGGAUAAGACUCUCUUCCCCUCACCCAUAGGCUGGUAGGUUUCUGCUUGUUGCCACUCCAGAUCCCUGCAGCUGAGUCCCCUUACACUCGCUCCUGAAUCAUUAAAAAUGCCAGCUUUCAUUUGAACACAAAAUCUACUGUCAUCUUCAAGUGUAACAGCAACAGUUCGGCUGUAAACAUUCUCCCUUUUUAAGUUCUUGUAAACUCCUCUGCCAAGGCUGCACCUUCAGGUUUUUAUACCCUCUUUGUUGGGCACGUUUCAAACUCAUUAUUAAAGUGAAGCUCGAGCAAAAUUUGAAAAGGGAGAUGAGGCAAGCCUCUGAGAUUUUAUAGAGCAUCCCCUCUGAUCGGUCUGAAAGCUUUCCACUCAUUCUCUGCGUGCUGGAAGAAAGUUCCCACAGUCUACAGAAAAGAAAGAUAUGGAGCUAAAAUAAUUUGAAGGUCAAGUUUGUUCUUGUAUAGAAGGAUAUUGUUUAGAGAAUUCAUCUGAAGAGUUUUUCUUUUGUUCUGUUAUCUUUGGUAUGGAAUUAAACAAACCAUCACAAGAAAAUAAACUUCAAUAUUGUCUCAAUCUUGUGAUAUCUCAUCUUCCUUGCUGCAACAUCAAGUCACAGACACUUAAAAAAACAAAUUGUUCCCAAAAGUUUCAGUUCUGAUUAGUAAGAGAGUGAUGACACAAAGUCAGCAGAAGUAUAACAUUGCUUGUACAACAUGUGGACUAAGUAACUUGUUAAAAUGACCUACCUAUCAGGAUUUAUGUGAUAAUCACGGGGGAGGUUAUCAUUACACAAGAUUUUCAGUGUUUUCCUGACCAUGUCCCUGGUCUUGAGGGACAGUGAUCAGUUUGAAUAACUGUAUUUUCUUUGGAUGUUUUUUCAGGUUGAAAACGAGCUGAAGUCGAUCUGUGGUGAUAUUUUGGAAGCACUUGAAAGGCACCUACUUCCCUCUGCUGUAAUGGGAGAGUCAAAGGUCUUCUACAACAAAAUGUAAGACAAUGGGUGUCAGUUAUCUGACGACAUCGGCAAUUCUCCCUUGUUUGAUGUGAAUAAUGAGUUUUCUUUUCUUUUGCGUUGAAUGGAGAGUUAUGAUGAGGUUGAGAAGGAAAAGUUUAGGAGUAUCUUACAGGGUACCAAGUGAAGGUGCCACACAGGAUUUCAUUUGUAAAAAUGUUUUACAAAGUCCUGGAACAAGGUUCUGGAAAUUUUCAAAGAUUUACAAAAGUUGAAGGUUUGAUAACUAAAUUAAAUGUGGUUGAUAUUCUUUUAAAGUAACUUUACAGUAUUUACACACACAUUCUAAAAGUUCCUCCAGGCGCUUUGACAAACCUGUAUUUUUCUCACACACUUUCCAGACCCCCAGGUAUGAAUACAAAGUUUGUUCCAUUUUGAUUUCCCCAAUUCCAGGAAGGGAGACUACCACAGGUACCUGGCAGAGUUUGCUACAGGCAACAACAGAAAGGAGGCUGCAGAGAACAGCCUGGUGGCCUACAAAACUGCCACGGAUCUCGCCCUGUCUGAGCUGCCUCCCACGCACCCCAUCCGCCUCGGCCUUGCUCUCAACUUCUCCGUCUUCUACUACGAGAUCCUCAACUCGCCCGACCGUGCUUGCAGGUUUCUGUCUUUUCUAAACACUAAACUGGAGUGUCUCUGCAAAGUUUCAUCAGUGGUUGUAAAUCAAAAUGUAGUGUGAAAUCUUGAGCACUUUGGCAAUACAAAGUAGUCGGCAAUUAAACUUAGGCUGCCAUAAAUAUACAUGGACAGCCUGUCCAGGUAUCAUCUGUCUGUGGGAAACACUGCUGUCUGAAUACAUGAGGGGUGAGGUCCUCAUGAUUGAGAAAGGAAACAGGGGGAGUAAAUAAAAGCACCAGUACUGGCUAUGAAACAGUGUCUCCACGACAUUGUCAAAACCCUCUGAUUGCAGUCAACAAAGACAAACUGACCAAGUGCCAUUCUUGGAAAACGCACAUCGACGCUGAUGAGGGUCAGCACACUACUACACUACUUUCAAGUUAUUUUGAAUUCAGGAGGAGUACACUGCAAAAACAGGUAUUACACAGGUGGCAAACCAAACACAGGUGCUAUAGUUCUGGUCUCAGCAGUUGCUGUUUCGACUCCUGACCACUGCACCUUACUGCGUGUCUUCCUCUGCUUUCUACUCCCCACAUUUCCUGUCUCUCUUCAGCUGUUCUGUCUGAUGAGGGUCCAAAAAACACCCAUAAACAUUUAGAAUUAUGAUGAUAACUCUGUCUGACACAUGGUUCUGUUUUGAAAGUCAUAAUAAUGAAAGUGUGUUUUCUCAGGUUGGCAAAGUGUGCUUUUGAUGACGCCAUCACAGAACUGGACACACUGAGUGAAGACAGCUACAAGGACUCCACGCUUAUCAUGCAGUUGUUACGUGACAACCUGACACUAUGGACUUCAGAUAUGCAGGGAGAGGGUAAGACGCUCAUUCAUGACUCUGCUCUCUGACGUAACACUUAAACUGAUCUGUACGUUUAGUCUACUUGAUGGUCUUUGCAGAACAUGUGUUACCAGGACUUGAUGAACUAACUCACUCGUCUUCUUUUACCUGUCCAAACUGUUAUGAUAGCAGGGUUAAAUCGAUCUAAAUACUGUGAGCAGCUUGAGUCACGUUCUGUUCAAAUGGAAUGAUAAACAUGUAACAUAAAUGUAAAUGACAAUCCAGAGAUUUCCAGUUUGAGGCUUGACUUCUCAACUUCCUGUUGUGGUAUAAUUCACCAGUUGGGAUAGUCCCCGCCCCCUUUUGUCUCCAGGUUAAGCCUGACUCUGCUCUUUGUCUGACAUAAAUGUUUUAGGCUCCUCUGCAUAUUUAAAUGUGCCGUAAACUGUCUGAGUGCUCAGGACUUGGAUCAUGCUGCUCACAGUUUGCACGCUCUGAUACAGAGAACCAUCUAACUGGUGUACAUGUGGAGGUCAAGUCUGCCUUCAUGAGAUUUAAGUCAUAACCAUCCUACCUUUAAAAAAAAAAAUCACCUGUUUCUCCUCAUUGCAAAUGAGUCAGGUUAGCUUUUUAAAAAGUGUGUGAUUCAUUUAUUCUCCCUCCUCGUUCAUCCCAGCUGUUAGCAUUUGCUGUGUUGAGGAGCUUCCAUGGGUGGUCUUUCUGAGUGACUCGUCAUGUGUCUCUGUCUCUCUCUCAUUCCUCUGCUGUAGAGUCCUAAAGGAAACAAACCUGACUGUUCAUUUCCCCAUGUUAACUGUACUUUGUAAGUGUUGCUCACCAAAAGCCUUGCUGUGUGUGGCUGCUGCCUUCUUCCCCCCCAACACUGACUCACUCCCGGUUUAAUCCUUCAGUCCGCUCACCUGUUGCUUCCUCACUCACCUGUUCAGUCUGUUAACUUUGGGCCUCAUUCACCAAUCCCUCCUUUUGUUUUUGUUCUUUGUAAAAUCCUUCAAAACUGCAGAAAUGCUCUGCAGAAGUGCUCUUCAAUUUUUCCAUGUCACGUCCCGGUGAAUAUGAAGCAGCUUUUUUCUAACUAACAAGUGAACAUCCUCACCUAUCUAACACAGGUUGUGACAGUGCAGGGUUGGCUGCACACAGACAUCACGCUGGGUUUUUAAAAGGAUUGUGCACUUGACUUCAAACAUCAAAAAAUGUGGUGGUCCUACUGGUGGAUAUUUCUACUGGAUGUAAACAAAAAAAACAGCUGAUUCAUAGAUUAUAAUCAAUAGGUUUAGAGGUGAGCCAACAAGAUCAUCUCCUUCACUGAGGAAUUAUUUUAUGCAUCCCCUUGAAAUGUGCUUCAGAGGAAUUUUUACAUCCAGGAAACAUUGCACUAAUACCUCUGCACUGGCCUAACCAAUCUCCUGAGUUUACUCUUGUGUUUUUGUUGACCAUUGAAAUGAAGGGAAAAAUCCAAGCAAAGCUGAUGGGUUUAAAGAAGACAUGGAUGGUUGGUGAAUGAGGCCUUUUGCUCUCUCCAGCACACACAGUGAAAACAGAGUUCAGUUCAGCUGGGCUUGACUCGGAUUUAUCAAGAAAAGGAUUAUUUAUAGUUACAUGUGUACAACAUAGAAAAACUGGUUCAGAUCGAGUUGCUUGCAGUCUGACAUAGUGAAGCCUCUUUUUUUAUGAAAUAAAUCAAAACUGUAAAGUAGUUGAAGUUACAUGAUUCAAGCCGUUUUUAUUCAGAGCACAGAGUUGAAUUAGUUAGAUGUUUCUGCAUGUUUGAAGUUCUGCGUAAAAGCUCAGCUGACUUCGUUGUAUUCUGUUUGAUCACACUUCUCACACUGACAGUUUUCUGAUCACUGUAUUUGAAUGAGUGAACAUGGUACACAGUUCAAUCCCACAAGUUCUGUCUGAAUACAAUAUGCAUUUAGACUAAUGUUUGCAGAUGACAGUUAAGGACUUGUACAAACUUCCUGUUCUCGUCAGGAUAGAACUUUUUCUGCUGCGAGCGGACUGGUUUUUAUAAACUAAGUACUAGUAUCUCUACCAAAGAAGUGUUUUAAACAGUCUCUAUGUACUUGACACGAUUUUGUGAAGUCUUUUAUUUAAUUAAAAUCAAUGAUAAAACUCCUCACUCCACUACAUGAAUAUUGUAGAUGUAAGUUUUUAAAAUAAAAGGCAGCACAUUUCAAACUCCAAGUGAAAACAUCACACCAGAAUGUCACCACUGUCUGAGGGUCUUAUUUGUAACUGUGACACCCCUGAUUCAACAACACUUGGAAAGCUGUGACAGAUUGUGAUGGUUUUUAAAACAUCUAAACUGCAUAUUUGAUAUCAAUGAGUGCAAAGACAGUAUAUCAAAUGGUGAAAAUAAGAAGUGUGAUUGUUUUCUGAGGACAUUUCUGUUUAUUGAAUUUAAUGUUAGCAGCACAUUCCCCAAAAAGUGGAAACUUGCAUGUUUACCGUUGUGUUGCAUCACCUUUAACACUCUGACGUGUUUAGGAGCAGUACAGGACAGUUUUUAGGAUGAAAUAUUGUCCCAUUCUUCCUUGAUGUAGGAUAUUAGCUGCUCAACAGUACUGAGUCUCCUCUGUCAAGUUUUUGUUUAAUUAUUCAUUUAAUCUUAUAACUUUGUAGCUGUUCAGGACUGCAAGUGAGUUAAGCUCCCAGACUCUUCUUCUGUGGAGCCAUGCUGUUAUUAUGGAUGGCAGAAAUUUGUGCGAUCUGAAAAAGAUUGUCUGAGUGGCAGCAUAUGUUCCUCCAAAGUCUGUUUACGCAUUAAUGGAACCUUCAAGGUGUGUAGGCUACCCACACCAUGAGCACUUAAGCAUCCCGAUAGCAUCAUGGAUGCUGACCUUGAAACUGUGCACCGAUUACAUGCCGGGUGGUCCUCCUCUCAAAGAGCACUGUUGUGAUACAUGUUUAAAAUGAACAUAAAUCAUUUAUAAGACAAAACAAUAAAAUUUUUCAUUUUAUUGUUGUAUUUUUCAAAACACACAGGUAUUGAUUAAUUGUGAUGUUUAUUUAUAUAUUCACUGUGUCAUGUUCACAAAAGAAACGGGUUUGCGUUUUGUCUUCUGUUCUUGGAAUUUGAGAUGUGCUGCUGUUUUUAUAUUGUCUUUAAAAACUCCAGGCUCAGCGCUCUGCUAAAAAUCUUGAGCGGUGAGGCACCAACUUCCCCUUCAAUUGCUUCAAACGUUUCCUCCUAUGAUCAAGAUUUAUUGUGGAGGAAAAAAUACUGAUUUGGUUUUCAAUGUUAUUGAAAUAUUUUGUGAACACUGUUUUAAUCCAUCCACUCAUCUUUGGUAAAAUUCAGGUUUGCACAUUAUCCGUAAUAGAAGCAGCAGCUCCUGCUGUGUGGGUUUAGGUCAGGCCUUUAUUUCCUUUUCUUCUUUGAACCUUGUAAUUUGCCCUUAUUUAUCAACAUGAGGUGUUUUCAGAUUAAUAAAAGGGGUCAUCACCUCUUUAGCUGAGACAAAGUUUUUGUCUUUUUUAAGCUAAAGCUCUUUUUCUUCUUAGUCAUCGUGUGCUUACCCUCUUUUUUUCUCUCUCUCUCUUUAGAACAAGAACAGAACAAAGAGGCACUGCAAGACGUUGAGGAUGAGGCCCAGUGAGACUAUGCCACCUACAGCCAACACCCUGACUCCCUCCCCCUGUCACCUCCUCACACUCCUCCUCCUCCUCCUCCUCCACCUUCAUCCUUCCCCACUUCCCUAACCAACUUCUCACCUUCCUGUCUUUCCUCAGCUCACCCCCCUGUUCCUUUUCUUCCACCUCUGCGGCUCCCCUACCCAGCAGGGCCGCGGAGUUAACAACUUUAUUUUUCUCUUCUUUUUUAUUUUUAUAUUAGCCCUUACAGCAUUGAAGUAAAACCACUUAAAUGAGACAGGAAAUACGACGGUAGACUGACAAAGGUAAAGAAGGAGUCCCUGGAUUGUUUGUUUUUUGUUUCUUUUUUGUCCUGGUACAAGCGGUUCUGACAUGUUAUCUUUGUUCUCAUUAUUGUAUUUUUGUUUUUGCUUUUUCUUCAAUAUUUUUAUCAGUUGCUGGAUGUAAUGAGAAUUUUUUUCUUAAUGUAAUUACAGAAAUUAACUUUUAUUACUGAUAACGUCGACAGUUAGUCAUGGGAGCUAUUUUAUCUAUUUUUAGUGAAAUGUCAUGCGAAUCAUUUUAAUGUUUUUUUCGGGCAGUUUGGGAAACUUCAAGUGCCCUUUUUGUGAACUUAGGUUUUCAGAGGAAGUUGGCAAAAUUUAGCGAUAUCCACGUGGGCAAAGAAGUGCUUAACUUUUCCACCAUAGUGAUUCUGUUGUCAUGUUUUUGUAGUUGUCCUUGGACUGUACUUUGUGCUGAAAUACUGUAACUGUGCACACAUGCUGAAUCUCUGCAGGUCGACCUAUCCUCGCUGGUUUUAACAAACAGUUAAAAAAAACAAAAAAACAUGGGAGAUUUCUCACUUGUGUUAAAGACAAGUCUCAAUUCGGCCCGUUUCUCCUCCACAGAGAACCUGAAUUAGGAGUGUUUGCAUGAGUUAGCACAUGUUCUGUUUCUGCUGCUUCUCCCCUGAUUUUAACUCAAAGCUCCUCUAGGUUCAGAGGUUUUUUCUUUCUUUGCUGAUUUUUCUUUGUUUCUCUUCUUGUUUUGCUUUAUGUGUAACUUGGAGCUGAUUUGUACUACUGGAUAUCCAACUGAAGCCACAGACAGGGAAUCUGUAUCGUUUUGACCGAAACACAGCAUGGAAUUAACAUUAAACAAUCUAAAUUAAACAUUACCAGCUG